CACAUGACUGGGGCAGGGAGGGACCGACCGAACGGUUUUGGAGGGAUCACAUAUGAACGGUUAGCAGUGAGAGCGAUGCGGUUUCCUUGACGACGUGACGUGGCCCUUCAUGCUUUACCGGGUUUCUCUGUAUUUUUGUGUGAGUGUGUGGCAUGUCGAGAGGUCUGAGGAGUCCCUGAGAGACUCCGUGUCCAGCCAACACUGUCUGUUUGUCCCGGCAGCAGCAUGCAUCUCAUCCAGCACCCCGAAAUUGAGAUGGGACUGAACGAUCUUGGGAAAGUCAAUCCUGGCUUCGGGGGCCCAGAAGGAAAUCAGCAAUCAAUUGACAUUGAUCACACAGAGGGGCUGAAUGAAUGUCUGGAGGAUGAGAACAAAGGUUUGGACCUGGUGUACUCCAUCAAUGAUAGGCCACCAUGGUAUUUGUGCAUCCUGCUGGGGUUCCAGCAUUACAUCCUAGCAUUUGGAGGCAUUAUUGCAAUACCGCUCAUCCUGGCCGAGCCUCUCUGCAUACAAGACAACAACGCUGCCAAGAGCCAACUCAUCUCCACCAUAUUCUUUGUGUCGGGUGUGUGCACACUGCUUCAGACCACUAUUGGAACCAGGUUGCCGAUCCUCCAGGGGGGGACUUUUAGCUUGAUCACCCCAACGCUGGCUAUCCUUGCCCUGCCUAAAUGGCGUUGCCCUGCCCCCGCUACCAUAUCACUUCAAAACACAACUGGAGCUCCGCUAAUUGACUCUGAUGAGGUGUGGAAGUCCCGUAUGAGAGAGAUUCAGGGGGCUAUCCUGGUGUCCUCCUUGCUUCAGCUUGUCCUGGGCUUGUCUGGUCUAGUGGGUCUGGUGCUGAAGUUUAUUGGGCCCCUUGCAAUCGCUCCCACCAUCAACCUCAUUGGGCUGUCUCUCUUCAUAGAGGCAGGGAAGAAGUCUGGAGCUCACUGGGGAAUAGCAGCCCUGACAGUGGGCCUCAUCCUUCUAUUCUCACAGUACCUGAGCAAAGUUCAAGUUCCUUUAAUUACUUUCAAGGAAAAGAAGUGGAAGGUCUUCCAGUAUCCUCUCUUCAAGCUGUUUUCAGCUUUGUUUGGGAUGUGUGGUGCUUGGUUGAUCUGCUUCUUGCUGACCAUCUUCAAAGCCCUUCCCUCUCACCCGGACCAGUACGGCUACUCUGCCAGGACCGAUAUAAACCAGGACGCCAUCACCAGUGCACCCUGGUUUCACAUCCCAUAUCCAGGCCAAUGGGGCAUGCCCACAGUGAGUGUGUCUUCUGUGCUUGGCAUGAUGGCUGGGAGCCUCGCCUCCACGAUGGAGUCCAUUGGGGACUACUACGCCUGUGCCCGUCUAUCUGGUGCCCCACCACCCACCCAUGCCAUCAACAGGGGUAUUUCCGUGGAGGGAAUUGGCUGCAUUCUGGCAGCUCUGUGGGGCAGCGGGAAUGGCACCACAUCCUAUAGCCAGAACAUUGCAGCACUGGGCAUCACUAAAGUUGGCAGCAGGCUGGUCCUACAGACGGCUGGUCUCCUGAUGAUGCUCCUGGGACUCUUUGGAAAGUUUGGGGCAGUUUUCAUCACCAUUCCAGACCCAGUCAUCGGAGGCAUGUUUCUCGUCAUGUUUGGAAUGAUCGCAGCUGUGGGAAUCUCUAACCUUCAGUACAUUGACCUGAACUCUUCCAGAAACUUACUCAUCCUGGGCUUAUCAACCUUCAGCGGCCUGGUGCUGCCCACCUGGUUCCAAGCAAACCCAGGCAUCAUUAACACAGGAGUUAAAGAACUGGACCAAGUUAUUGUGGUCCUCUUGACCACGCACAUGUUCAUUGGAGGGUUCUUUGGAUUUGUGUUGGACAACACCAUUCCAGGUACAGAAACAGAAAGGGGCAUCUAUAGCUGGCGUAAGAAAGUGACGGAGGAGAGCAGCAGUAUUUUGAAGACGGACCAGUCCUGUUAUGAUAUACCUUUCUGUAUCAACUGUCUACAGAAUUUCAAAUUCUUCAAAUACCUGCCCUUUCUUCCGUCUUACAAGGCUCCAGAUCUUAGAACCUAAGAACGGCUUAGGUUCACAAGUUCACGUGUUGGACAAGAUGUCAGUUAAUGGGGGUUUUGGAGAAAUGUAAUACUAAUUUGUGAUUAUCACACUGCUAACACCGGUAGCAUUCAAUGUAAUGCCAGUGGAGUCAUAACAGAAAUGUGAGUACAGUCUUGGAACUGUCCCCUCUGGUGGAGUUCAUUACCUUCAUUACAUUGCACAUUACAUUCUAGUGCACUGGAUGUGAUAUAUCACAUUUGCUUGGUUUACAGAAGUGAUAUCACAUUUGCUUGGUUUACAUAAUACAUUAUAUGAAGUGAUGUAUUGGACCAACAUACACUUUCGUAAUUUGCCAGCGUGGGUAUUUCUGACUAGUUUUGCCGCAAUUUAUCAAGAUUGCUGGAAAAGAGCUUUUCCUCUGAACCAGUGUUUAAAGACACACUCCAGCUAGUUGAAAAACAAUACAUUAUGUAUAAAUCCAAUAAUGAAUGUUUAACACACUUGCAAAUAUUGUAUUCUAGACAAAACUUCACAUUUUAAAGAGUAGGGCAUUCAAGCUGUUGGUCUGAUGGUACAAUCUGCUUGUAUCAAAAAUAGAUAAAUAGAGAAGACACAACCACCCUCUUUCUGUCAUGUCAUCAAGAUGUCUGCAUCACCAUAUAGUGAUAUAUACCUUGGUUAAGUAAAUCAAGUGAUAAAAAAGGUGAAAGGGGGUUUGGAAUUUAAACCUUGUCCUAAAGAAACGAAGGGGUGUAGGCUCCAUUUUAGUUUUUGCCUUAACACUAUGAAUCUAAUUCAAAUCACCAAAGAUGAAUGAUGAUUAUUUUAAUGGAUACUCCAUCUGAGCUUGAUGAUCACGUGUGUGUUUUGAGAAUUGUGGUGAUGGGCAUGUUAAAGGGAGAAUUCACAAUAACUAAUUAAUGUACCGAUUACUAAUGUUAGCCAUGAUGUCAUUAAUACACAAGGUCUCGUCAACACAAUCUAGGAUGAGUGAAUUAGAAUUUCGUGGUAGAAUUACUUCCUCUGUAUUGGCCUAUUCAUAAAAUACGUUUCAGGAUUCAUAGCAAAUGUAGUUACCGCCUCCCCAAUAAAAUGGCAAUUGAAAACAACAACAAUAGUUUUUACAAGACGAAAAGUACACUUUUGAACAAUAGACACAUGUCAAAACACUGCUUUCGGCAAGCUAAUUCUAUAAACAUAAUAUCCAGCUGCCACUGUCUUUCAAAUUCGUUGUACGGUAGCCUGCUCCGGUUCAAACGUGUGGUUCAACAUCACAAUGCAAGAUCACUUUCAAAAAGGAUAAGUCAUUGGGCUGCUUACUGUAAAGUUAGCUAGCAGCAUCCAGUCUACUGUGGAUUCAAAGAAACCGCUGAAUGGAGAGGAAGGGGAGGGACUGUGGCAGAGCAGGAAGUUAUGGCUUUAAAGUUGUAGUCUGUAAGAGAGAAGAAAAAUGUUGCUUGGACAUUUAUCAACGCAUCUGCUGAUUGUAACAUUGCAGAUAGACAUCCGAUGGCUCUAUCGAUCAAGGACUACAUAUAAAAUUGACAUGUAGCGCAAUCGGCACUACAACGUCGCGUCUCAGUGAAAUGAAA